UGCGGACGGCGCGUGGAGCGCGGGUCAGCGGGCGCGAUACGCACCGGGACCAGCGGCUCCUCCCGCGGCGGCCGCCGCCACCUCCGCGCACCGGGCCGGAGCGCGACGCGCCGAGAGACCUGCGGCUGCUCCCAAAGUUGCUGGUGAAGGGGACGCACUGUCAGGGCUAAGUGGGUAUUUUCUUCCUGUCGUCUUCGUUGUCUGCCGAGUAGAAACGGGGGGAUUCAAAUCCUGCGUGCUGCGUCUUAGCAAAUGGGAAGGCAAAGGGUGAUCUUGAGUUCUUAACUUGCUAGUGCUCAGCCUCCUCAUGCCUCCAUCUCCUUUAGACGACAGGGUAGUAGUGGCACUUUCGAGGCCAGUGAGACCUCAGGAUCUCAACCUGUGUUUAGACUCUAGCUGCCUUGAAUCUGCCUCUUCUGCUGGUGAGAGCCACGCCGGUCUCCUCGGUGCAGCUGUCGUGUCCCUAAAGGCUGCUAAUCUCACGUAUAUGCCCUCAUCCAACGGCUCUGCACGCUCCCUGAGUUGUGGAUGCAGCAGUGCCAGUUGCUGCACUGUGGCAACAUACGACAAGGACACUCAGGCCCAAACUCCAGCUAGCACCAGCAGCACCCACGCCAGAGCCUCCCCCACCUGCCCUGCCAACCAAAUGGUCAACAGCAAUGAGAACGUUGGCAGCCUGAGCCCGCUGGGUGGAGUGGGGAGCCCUGUCUCAGGCAGCGCCAAGCAACUUGCCAGCAUCAAAAUCAUUUACCCCAAUGAUCUGGCCAAGAAGAUGACCAAAUGCAGCAAGAGCCACCAACAGAACCAAGGGCCUGUCAUCAUUGACUGCAGACCCUUCAUGGAGUAUAAUAAGAGCCACAUUCAAGGGGCUGUUCACAUUAACUGUUCUGACAAGAUCAGCCGGAGAAGGCUCCAGCAGGGCAAGAUCACUGUCUUGGACUUGAUCUCCUGCCGGGAAGGCAAGGACUCCUUCAAGAGAAUCUUCUCCAAAGAAAUCGUAGUUUAUGAUGAGAAUACCAAUGAGCCAAGCAGGGUGAUGCCUUCCCAGCCACUCCACAUAGUGCUGGAGUCACUCAAGCGAGAAGGCAAGGAGCCCCUAGUCCUAAAAGGAGGACUCAGCAGUUUCAAGCAGAACCAUGAAAACCUCUGCGACAACUCCCUCCAGCUGCAAGAGUGCCCCGAGGGGGGAGGAGGGGGCGGUGCCUCCGCUGUGCCCCCUGUGCUACCUCAGUCCAUCCCUACCACGCCAGACAUUGAGAACGCUGAGCUCACCCCCAUCCUGCCCUUCCUAUUCCUUGGAAAUGAGCAUGAUGCUCAGGACUUGGAGAAAAUGCAGAGGAUGAACAUCGGCUACGUCAUCAACGUGACAACUCACCUGCCCCUGUACCAUUAUGAGAAAGGCAUGUUCAACUACAAGCGGCUCCCGGCCACUGACAGCAACAAGCAGAAUCUCAGGCAGUAUUUUGAAGAGGCUUUUGAGUUCAUUGAGGAAGCUCAUCAGUGUGGAAAAGGUCUCCUCAUCCACUGCCAGGCCGGUGUCUCCCGAUCUGCCACCAUCGUUAUUGCGUACUUAAUGAAGCACACACGCAUGACCAUGACGGAUGCCUAUAAAUUUGUCAAAGGAAAACGACCAAUCAUUUCCCCCAACCUUAACUUUAUGGGGCAGUUACUGGAAUUCGAAGAAGACCUGAACAAUGGAGUCACCCCGCGAAUCCUCACACCAAAGCUGAUCGGUGUCGAGACUGUCGUGUGACGGCCACGCUGAGAGGUGGCGGAACCUGUUCUUCACCUGAUUUGGGGCAGUGAUGGGUGGGUUGUGGGGUUUUCUUUUUAGCUUUCAAAGGGGAGUUUUGUGGCAAACUUUUUGUGAAUAAAACCUUUUUUUGUAAGGAAAGGUUUUUAAAAGAUCCAAGAACUUUGCUGGGUUUGGGAUGCUGUUGUGAUUUCCUUCUCAGACACUGGCAGAGCAGGGAGGCUUCAGGGCAAAAGGAGUACUUUUUAAAAUAAAAACAGCAAGAAGAAGAAAUGUUGGGAUUUUUUUCUUUUAAUUUUUAUUUUUCCCUCCUCUGGCUACUUGUAGAGUUUAUGGCUAAGUAGUCUGUGCAGGUUCAUAGACUGAAGAAACCUAAGUUGAAGAUGAAACAUAAAUAGCCAAAACAAAGCAGAAAAAAACCUCCGUGAACAGAAGGGCCUUUGUUCUGCAAAGGCUUGCUAAAGAGAACCUAGAAAAAUGCUCACCAAUGCAAAGGAAAUCAGAGCAGCUUAAAAGUCUGCAAGGCACUUUUCACACUCCAGACUCAAACUAAAGAAGAAAACAAAGUUUAUUAGGUGUGUUUCAUGUUCCAGUUCUAUUUUUCUAUUUUGGGGUGUUCGGUUUUAACAGUAAGGGACUUCGAUCAUUCUAUGCCAUAUGCCUUCACUGGCUUCUUGUGCAAUAAUAAUCUGGAGUUUGUUUUGAGUGUUAUCCAAUUAAGAGUUGGCUGUCCACUAAUAAUAAGAUAAUAAUUUUUAAAGUCUAAUAGUGCAACAGCAGCCAGCUUGGUUCAGAAAGGAUAAAUGAGAGCAAUUAUUUCAAUCCUUUAUAUUAUUUUGAUCCUGGUUACAGUGCUAUAAACCUUUUAUGUAUGUAUAUCAGAAUGUACAAAAAUCUAGAACAAACGAAGUUUAUUUAAAAAUAUUUUUCACACAAAAUAUUGGUGUGUUUCAGUUGUCUAUAUAAAAGAAAUUUGAUUAUAAAACAAAAAAUCUUUUGGAAA